AUGAAGGACGCGACGAAUCAGAAGCUCGAGGCGCUCGUGGCCAAGGCAGGCGUGCCCAGACGCGUGCUAGAGGACCCGGAGCUGGUCGUGUGUGACGACGUCUGGACAUACGAGCGCGCGAGACUCGCAGAGAAGCAUCUGCAGCAGGACAAGUCGACGAUUCCCAAGUUCUGGCAACACAAGUACGAAACGGAGGCGGCCAAGAGCUGGGACAAGUUUUAUCGCCGCAAUUCGAGUCACUUCUACAAGGAUCGACAUUAUCUCCACGUGGUGUUUCCAGACCUGGGCGUGGCUCCUCCUGAGGACGGUAGAACAAGCACGUUGCUGGAAGUUGGCAGCGGAGUUGGGAAUGCCGCUCUGCCGCUACUGGAGGUGAAUCCAGCGCUGCGUAUUGUGGCGAUCGACUUUGCCGGUUCAGCUAUUGAGCUGUUGAAGCAACAACCUCUGUACGACGAAACUCGCGUGCAGGCGUCGGUCUGUGACAUCACACAAGACGAUCUCCCUGCAGCAGCUUUUGCACACGGUGGCGUGGACUUUGCGCUGUGUUUAUUUUGCUUGUCGGCUUUGCAUCCGGACAAGAUGAAGCUCGCUGUGAACAAGGUCGUGGCUGCGAUCAAGCCUGGUGGAAAAGUCUUUUUUCGCGACUAUGGCCGAUACGACCAAGCGCAGCUUCGGUUCCGGCCUGGUUGCAAGCUGCAAGAUAACUUUUACGUCCGUCAGGACAACACGCGGGCGUACUACUUUACGACGGAAGAGGUGGAGGACAUUUUUACAAGCGCUGGCCUUGUUGUAGUCGAGAACGAGUACAUCCGUCGCCAGUAUGCUAACCGACAGCAGAACGUUGUGCGCUUUCGCGUAUGGGUACAUGCUAUCUUCGAGAAGCGUCUCACGACCAAAACACCAUGUGAGAAGCAAGUAGAAGACGACGGAUGCUGA